AUGGACGAGAAGCAGUCCUUCUUCGUAGAGAGCUCGGAUGGGCGCAAGUUCAAGAUGGUCAUCCGCGGCGAUCUGGGCAAGCUCAGCGUCGCCAAGAUUCGCCGCUACCUGAAGUCCUACGGUGUAUCAGAGAAGCAGCUCCUGCUUGCCGGCAACCGUGUGCUGGAGGAUACCAUGCUGGGUGAGCAGUUUGGCUUGGAGAACGAAGGCGUGCUGCAGCUACGGGAUCCGACCACGAUGCAACAUUUAGCACCUGCCGCUGUCCCAUCCACCGCACCGCAGCAGCAGCUGCACAUCAUCUCUUCUUCGCCCACUGCACAGAGCAGAGCCCAGCUCCAUCAGAAACCGCAACUGUCGUACGGGCCACAGUCGGCGUGGCGUGAGACGCAGUAUGAGCCCACCACGCACGACGCCCGGCAGAUGGAGCGUGUGAUAGAGCAGUUGCAGCGGCAGGUGGAGGCGGCAGAGGCCCGCAACGCGGACCUGGAGCACCAGCUGGCACAGGCAGCCAAGUCAUCAGGAGCAUAUCCACCUCGCGGCGGAGCUGGUAGUGCGCUAAGAAUGAGCGAGUCCAGUGACUUGGACGGGCUGCAAGUGGCGAAGGAGAGUCUGAAGAUAUUGGCGCAGAAGCUGGGGGUCUCGCUGCAGUUUGACAAGAAUCUCACGUGUGUAGUCGGGACAGACGCGGACUUCUCCAUCUUGCUUACCUACGACCCCGCGACCGAGCGGCUGUACAUUUACUCGUCGCUUCUCACGGAACUACCAGACCACCCGCCGCUGCGCAUGAAGCUGUACGAGGUGCUUCUCGAGGGGUCGCUGCUAGGUCGCGAGGUCUGCGGCGGCGGCGUCGGUCUGUCGACGCAGAACAACGUUGUCGUGCUCACAACGUCUCUUCCGGUGCGUCACUGUGGUCCGGAGGCACUUUGUGAGGUGAUGCCGCUCUUUGUCGAGACACUUGUGCGCUGGCGCAGUCUUAUCGACGAGCUCUUGCGGUAG